AUCUGCCUGCUCAAUACCAAAAGAAAUAAACUAGAAAUCACACUUUGCCUGGAUCUGGAUAUAUCUGGUGGGCUCUCCAAAUCCGGUUGUCGGAGAUCUCUAUCUCGUCGUCGUGGCUGCUCUCUCACACCUCUGGUACCCUCUCCCGACGAGAACUUCUUUCACCCUCCACCGGUUGUACAUCACACCGGUGAGAAUAUUUUUAGACCUCAGUCUCCUUAAUCGGAAGGAAGUCUCAUCCGCCAACCUCGCCUCAGCCGGCAGCCGCCGUUGCGCCUCCGAUCUAGAUGAGAGAACGAGCUGAGAAGAGUGGAGCUACUGUUCUUAAAUGGUCUCUUCCUUAGGAUGUAUCAUCCCGAGAACUGGGACUCGCCGUACACUCUGCAUUACACGGAGUAUGAUGGUAAAACAGGAGCUACGGGAACAAAGAAGACAAUGGAGGUUGAUGCUUGUCAUUGGAGCUGAUGGAGCUGACUCCAGGGUUUCUAAAUCUAUUGAUGCGUUUCAGUGCGACCAUGUAGCCGUUGGAACUGGAACUGUGACUCACAAAGGUGACAUCAAGAAAUUCCAGCUCGCUACUCGUAACAGAGCCAAAGACAAGAUUUUGGGAGGCAAGAUCACCCAUGUUGAGGCUCAUCCGGUUCCUGAACACCCGAGACCAUGCAGGCUCUCCCAAAGAGUGGCUCAUGUAGGUGUUGCUGCAGGGUAUGUGACUAAAUUCUCUGGUGAAGGGAUCUAUUUUGCUGCUAAGAACGGAAGAAUGUGUGCUGAAACCACUGUUGAAGGUUCACAGAAUGUUAAGAAGAUGAUUGAUGAAGGGGACUUGAGAAAAUACGUACAGGGUGCUUGAUUUAUUGCAGAAAAGUGUUUUACAGAUCGAAUCCGGCUAGAGAAGCGUUUGUGGAGAAGCGUAUGUUCAGAAGAUGACAUUUGAUAGUUAUCUGUACAAGAGGGUUGCACCAGGUAGUCCUUUGGAACAUAUCAAGUUGGCUGUGAACACCAUUGGGAGUUUGGUCAGAGCUAAUGUUCCAAGGAGAGAGACUGAGAAGCUUAAUAUUGA